GGGGGAAUUAUAUAACCCGCAAAGUUGACACUUGGAAAGCUGAACAACAAUGUCAAAAUAACGAGGGUUUAUAGUGUGUGAUUUGCACGACACUGUUAUAAUUGAUACAUUAAGCUAAUGCUUAUCGCAAAACAUUUCGAGGAACAACCCGUAGGACAUGAAAUGCAAGUGUGCUAUUAUCUCGCAUUUUAAAACCUUAUCAGGACCUUCACAAAGAUGCGUCUCUCCAUCGUCAGCCUUGCCAAGCCCAUUCUUCACGGUUACUUCAGAAGUUCUUGUUCUUGGAGGGUCCGCAUCGCUUUUGCUCUCAAAGGGAUUGAAUACGAACAGAUUCCAGUCAAUCUAAUCAAAGAUGGCGGUCAGCAGCUCACAGAUCAAUACAAGGCACUCAACCCCAUGCAACAAGUGCCUGCAGUGGAAAUCGAUGGAAUCACUUUGUCCCAAUCAUUAGCAGUGAUCCAGUACAUCGAUGAGACCAGGCAGGGUCCCAAGCUCCUACCCGCAUGCCCCAAGAAGCGCGCCCAGGUGCGGAUGAUAUGUGACAUCAUUGCCUCUGGGAUCCAGCCUCUUCAGAAUCUGUAUGUGAUCCAGAAGAUCGGAGCAGACAAGGCGCAGUGGGCACAGCAUUUCAUCCAGCGAGGUUUCCAAGCUUUAGAACCCAUCCUUAAAGAAACCGCUGGGACAUACUGCGUAGGAGACGAGAUAUCCAUGGCAGACAUCUGUCUUGUGCCACAAGUCUACAAUGCAGAAAGGUUCAAAGUGGACGUUGGCCAGUUCCCAACGAUUGACCGACUGAACCAAACCUUAGUGGGGGUCGAGGCCUUCAAGUUGAGCCACCCGUCCUGCCAACCCGACACGCCCGCUGACCUGCGUUCUUAGGAUGCAGGACUCAGCUGCAAUUGCAUAUUUGUAGAAUAAAACUAUUUCUCAUAAUUCCUGUG